CCGUUUAACCGAGGCUCCCGUCUUAGGAGUGAGGCCAAGCUCUACUUCCUGAAGUUGAGUUAUAAAAAAUGUAAACAAGCGUUGGGAAAUGACGACUAAGAUGAUUUAUCUGCUGAGAUGACUAAGCUGCGAAGGAAUGCACACAAAAUAGUGAAUGUGCAGCUGUAUGACAAAGAGAGGUUAGAUUUAGAUGUACAAUACCUUUGAAUGGCUUCUGCUAUGGUUUUGAGUGACCUUGAUGCCAAGUCUGCUGGCCAUGGCAUUAUUGGCAACAGCACUUGCAUUUCAAUUGACAAUCUAGAAGAGAAGACACAAAAUUUAAUAAGAUCUGGCUUUCUUUGGAAAAGAAAUGUUGGACAAUCAUCAACUAGAAUAUCAUCAAGAGCCAGAUUUUUUGUGCUGACUAAGUCCACUCUCGAGUAUUACAGGAAUGAAAAGUGUGAUAAAUUAAAGGGAAGCUAUCCAUUAGCUAUGAUACACAGCAUCUCAGCUUUUGAUGAAAAUUCAAGUACAAUGAAAAUUGAAUUACCAGAAGAAGGUGCUGUUCUCUUACAAGCUGGCGACAGAUACAACUGUGAGCAAUGGAUACAAGCAAUCCAAGAAGGCAUCAAGCAAUGGUCUACUGUUGAUUCUGAAGUUGUAGAUGAUUCAGUGUUUGAGAUGGAAACUUUCGCAAAGUUUCCUUCCCAGUUGGUUCCUCGGAAGUCAACAUCUUCGGUUUCUGAAGGUUGUGAAGACACAGCAAACAUGAGCGGUGAAUUUGCCAUGAUAAAGUAUUCACGUGCUGGAAAAGCUUCGAUACCUCAUGAACGAGUAUUCAAGCUUGAUCGACACAAUCUUCAAAUAAUGUGGCGAAAAGCGAGGAAAGAAUACUCAUACAAAUCAACAUUGGAAGUUAGCAAGAUCGUUGAAGUACGUUGCGGCCAACAGACGAGAAAUUUCGUCCAAUUUCCAUAUUCAGAAGUAGAGAAGCAGUCGUUCAGUUUACUAUUCGAGAGAGAACAAGGUGAAUGGAGCUCGCUUAUGUCCCUUGAUCUUAUCUGUGAUUCGGUUCUGGCUGCCCAGUCUUGGAAGCGCUGUCUGAAAGCUUUGGUAUACGGGGACGAGUAUGAAAAACCACUUAGAUCCUUCCACGAGACUAAAGAUCCGAUUAUACUAUACCUUAGACGGGUAUGGGCGACUCUUGAACAUAAAGCUCAUAUUUCGCACGAAGAUGCAGCCAGCUUCAUUCAAAAUCUCUCUCCAGAAGUAAACAAGCGCCAUUUGAAAAACUUUAUCAGGAACAUCGUGCGCACUCAGUCUGGCUCCCGCCAAUCUUCCGGAUUGCUUAACUGGGAUUGCUUUGUGAUCCUCUUCAAUUCUUUUGUCAACCAACCUAAGGUCUAUGAAAUCUACAAGAAAUAUCUCAAAAUGUUUCCCGAUUUAGGCCUAGCGCCGCAAGAGUUCAUGUCUUUCUUGGAAAAUGAACAAAAGGAAACAAACAUUACGCUAAAGACGUGCGUGGAUCUCAUCGAGUACCACGAUAAAUCUCACUACCUUUACAAGCGAAUCUGCGCGAGAGGGAGCCCACACGCAUUUCAAAACAGUCGUGGAUUGCUUUCUUAUCACGGCUUCCUCAGUUUUCUGAGAAGUAAAGACAAUUCAGCGUUCGACUUCAAUCAUUUGAUUGUUCAUCAGGACAUGGAUCACCCAUUAUCGGACUACUUCAUCAGCUCAUCGCACAACACAUAUCUAACGACUCACCAACUCAAGGGGCUUUCGAGUUGCGAAGCUUAUGUACGGACGCUACAGCAAGGCAGCAGAUGCCUGGAAAUUGACUGCUGGGAUGGCCCAGAUGAGCCAGUUGUUACCCAUGGAAUGACUCUAACGACAAAGAUUAAGUUUCGAGAUGUCAUUCAAAUUAUAAAGGAAUAUGCCUUCGAGACGAACCCGUUUCCUGUUAUACUGUCAUUGGAGAAUCAUUGUUCUGAGGAGCAACAAAGUGCUAUGGCAAACUUCUUUGUAGCUGAAUUUGGGGAUUUACUUGCCACGGAGGAUUUGUCUGAGAAUAACACCCUCCCUUCGCCAAACCAACUGUUGCGAAAAAUCAUUUUGAAAGGAAGAUCGGUUCCCAAGAAAAAGUCGCGUCCUUUUAAGGCAGUUGCUGGGCGACAGUCAUCAGUGUCUACAUUCAGUGGCUUUCGAUCCUGGUCGCAGGUAUCGAUUCAGUCUAACGCGUCUGAGACAUCAAAAACAAAAUUAAAGCCAGUUUUGAGCUCGGACACAAUCAACACGGUCAUUCCAGAGGAUGAUUUGUCACUAAACGCUGAAGAUGUCCAGGUGCCUCUGGCAGGGUCGAUGAGCCGGCUGAUUGUGUACUGUAGAGCUGUUCCAUUCAAAAGACACGACUUCAACGAAAACUGUUGUGAAAUGCACUCUCUCAGCGAAAAUGCCGUUAUGGAUCUUAUUGAGAGAUCUCCACAAGAUAUCAUCUAUAUAUCAAGAAAGAAAAUGCUAAGGACGUAUCCCAAGGGUUCGCGAGUCGAAUCUUCCAACUUCAAUCCGAUGCCGAUGUGGAAAGUUGGAGUACAUAUGGCAUCUGUAAAUUUUCAAAAGCCAGAUGCCGGGAUGCACAUUAAUCAAGGAUUUUUUAGGACCAAUGGAGCUUGUGGAUAUGUUCUAAAACCUCCGAACUUGCGAAAAAACACUACCGGAGAUUUCUCAGAUGCUGCUAACAGAAAUUCCACUCAGCCAAUCGUUGUCAAAAUCAAGAUCUUAGGUGGUCAUUUUGUCGAUACGGAUGUAAUUGGCAAGUCUCCAAUUAGCUUAGAGGUAGAAGCUGUUGGUUCCGAAUCAAAGAACAAUUAUUUUUCAACCGAGGUUGAUUCAAACUAUUGCAAUCCAAGCUGGAAGGAAGCCGAGCACAUCCUUGACAUAACACAUCCGGAGCUGUGCAUUUUGUACUUCAAAUUACACAGUGUUAACAGAGCGUCACGCCUAGUAUUGCAGACGGCUAUACCAGCAAGAAGUAUCAAACAUGGUUUGAGGUAUAUACCAUUCAAGACCCUUACGGGGGUGAACUUAAAACAAAGUGGAAUAUUUGUUUCAAUUUCAAUUGAAGAAAAGACUGAAAAUGACAAUCUUGAAGGCAACAAAGAUGGAUCCUUGGAAGAGACGCGGCGAAGAAUAACGACGCUUUAGAAGGAUUCUACUUAGUAAGAUAUUUUUGUACGAAUUUUUGUAGUUUUUGUCUAGUUUUUGUCUGUGAGCAAUACUGCAUAAUGCAGUCUAACCUUUUGUAAUCUAGUUUUGAUUUAAAGAUUUUUAUAGCCAAAA